AUGCUAGUUGUGAGGGGCUUCCGGCUCAGCCUGGUGAUCGAGACGCUGCGGGAGGUGGACCCCACCCGGAAGUGCUACCGCAUGGUGGGCGGCAUCUUGGUGGAACGAACCGUCAAGGAGGUGCUUCCGGCUCUGGAGAGCAACAAGGAGCAGAUCAGCAAAAUCAUUGAAACGCUGAACCAGCAGCUGCAGACAAAGGGCCGGGAGCUGAACGACUUCCGGGAGAAGCACAACAUCCGCCUCAUGGGUGAGGACGACCAGAAACAGCCCCCCAAGGAGAAUACCGAGGGGGCUGGAGCCAAGACCAGCUCGGCCGGGGUCCUGGUCUCAUAGGAGCUCAUUCGCACUGUCCCUAAGGACUUUCCUCCUGUCUUAGCCUCCCUUCCCCUCUCUGUUAUUAUUUAGUGUUGUUCAUGUCAUAUUUUUGUUAAAUACAUGUGAGAUUUUUUGGUCACGA